AUGGCAGUUACUGAUAAACCUGAAAAUGCGCCAGAACAUUGUCCGGGGCCAAGUACAGAAAAUGCAGGAAAAGCCUCAGCAUGUGAAGGUUGUCCUAAUCAAAAAAUAUGUGCUACUGCUCCAAAUGGGCCUGAUCCAGCAUUACAAUUUAUUAAAGAGAGAAUGAAUUCAGUUAAACGUAAAAUACUUAUAUUAUCGGGUAAAGGAGGGGUUGGUAAAAGUACAUUUACAGCGCAACUUGGAUUUGCUUUUGCUAGUGAAGAAAAUGUUCAAGUUGGAGUAAUGGAUAUUGAUGUUUGUGGACCAUCAAUUCCAAAAAUCAUGGGAUUAGAAGGAGAACAAAUUCAUCAAAGUUUAUCGGGAUGGUCACCGAUUUAUGUGCAAGAUAAUUUAGGUGUUAUGUCAAUAGGAUUUAUGUUAUCAGACCCUGAUGAUGCAGUUAUUUGGCGUGGACCGAAGAAAAAUGAUGUAGAUUGGGGCGAAUUAGAUUUUAUGUUGGUUGAUACACCACCUGGUACAUCCGAUGAACAUUUAUCAAUUGCACAAUAUCUCAAAGAAAGUGAAAUAGAUGGUGCAAUUAUAAUUACAACACCACAAGAGGUAGCAUUGCAGGAUGUUAGAAAAGAAAUUGAUUUUUGUAAGAAAGUAAAAAUACCGAUUUUAGGUGUUGUUGAAAAUAUGAGUGGAUUUAUUUGUCCGAAUUGUGGAGCGAAAAAAAUGGCUAAAGAUCUGAAUAUUAACUAUUUGGGGUCAAUUCCUCUAGAUCCUAAAAUUGGGAAAGCAUGUGAUAUGGGUAUAUCGUUUCUUGAUGAAUAUCCGGAUUCACCAGCUUGUAAAGCUUAUUUGGAUAUUAUUUCUG